AUGUCUGAUCCAAGCGCCGAGCUCCAAUCCACACUUCGCGACCUUUCCAUAGGUACAAAAGGCCCAGUGCAAGACCUCCAUCGGCCAAACUUGAAGAAACCCUCAACCUCAAAAGUGACUCCCAAGCCCAAAAAGGUCGCAGACUCCUGGGAAGAUGAGGUAGACCUCUCCGGUUCAGAUGACGAAAACACCCAACCCUACGACAAAGAUACUCCGACCGUCCUCUCACCUAUACUCAGCGCGGAGGGCCCCCUGGAUCCCCCGCCCACACCAAUUUCCCCUCAAACCUCCAAUCCGUGGGGUGGUCAAACUGCUUCUCCUGCAGCACAGGGUGGACCCGCCCGUAGGCCGGAGAAACAAACUGCUGUUGCGGGACGGUUGAUCGCUGGUGCGCUGGGGAUUCGUGCACCAAAGAGGACUGAAGAGCAGCGUGCUUAUGAUCGUUCGGUCAAGGAGCAGGAGAUUCGGAGGCGGAAUCGCGAGCGCGAAGAACAGGCUAAGGCUAAGGCAGAGGAGGAGAAGUUGAAGAUUUCUGUUUGGGAUAGUUAA